CCUUCACAGUAUCCAAGAUGGCGGGUAAAAUGACAUUUUGAAAAGUGACAACCAAUUUUGCUUUAAAACAGCAAUGAAACGAUAGAAAAAUAGACAAAAAUGAGCUCUAAGUGUGAGUGUUGUGGCUAUGUGUCCUUUUUCUGUCGCUUUCUUUGCUUUAAGUGCUGUCAAGUUGUCAAAGGCAAAAAACCAGAUGUGUACAGACCAACACAUUCUGUUCUCAUGCUUGGACUCAGUAMAGCAGGAAAAUCUGUUCUUCUUGCAAAACUUGGUUCAGAGUCCUUGGAUGAUAUCCAGCCAACGAAAGGUUUUUCAGUAAAAGCUGUUCAGUUACCUAAAGUCAUAUUGAAUGUCAAAGAACUUGGYGGUGGAGAGGAUGUCAGGGGAUACUGGAAACAUUACUACACUGGCGCAGAGGGUGUGAUCUUUGUAGUUGACUCAACUAGCAAUGAAGAUGACCUUGACCUUGCUGCCAGUGAGCUACAAAGUGCACUCAACCACCCCUCCUUAGAGAGUCUUCCUGUUCUGGUACUUGCAAACAAGCAGAAUAUAAAAGGUGCAAGGCCUGCCGAGAAGGUUAAAGAGAUUUUAAACAUGGAUGCAGAGCAACGCCAUCACUACCUUGUUGUUCAGCCAUGUUCAUUAGAAGACAUGGAGAACUUACGACAAGUGUUGAGUGAAUUUGUUGAGAAGUUUGCACCUGAAGAAGAAGAUCAACAAGAAGGAUACAACAGAGUUUAAUACACAAACUCAUUAAAAAAAGUUCAUAGUUUUUAUCUUUUUAUGCAUCCUCUCUUCCAUGCCAACAGAAUUUUCUAUUAACCCAAACAAGUGGAAAAAUGGUUUGGUUAUUGAUUAAAAGGAUAACGUCUUGUGAUUUUCAAGAGUAACAAAGAAACAGACUUUGCAAUGCUUCUACUCAUACAGGUUGUACUUCUUGAUAAACAGGUUAAAGUGCAGUGACCUCCAGCUUAUCCAAUAACACCAUAUUUAAAUAUAUUAGAAUUGAGGCCAUUGACAUAUUCUGGGGGAAGGGGUUUAAAAAGGAGUUUGUUUGCUCUCCCAUAUAUUCAUAUAAAACAGUAGUUAAUCGUUCUUAUUUCACUUGUCUUAAUUUGUAAACUAUAGUCAUAUUUACGAUAACAAAAAAAAAACAAUAAAAACAAACAAUAAAAA